GAAAUGAUCCAGUCUCACUCGAGUGCUAGAUUUGGUCGGACGUGUCUCUCGCUUAGUGUCUCGCUCCUGCAUCACUUCUUUUCAAUCAACUACUUCCAACUACUCUCUCUCCCCCAGCACGCAAGCAAAUAUAUCCCCCAGCCAGUCUCUUUUGGGGAUAUGGACCACGGAGGGUUGCAGUAUCAUACCCCCUCAUCUGCCAAUACGAGCUGCUCUUCAGGAAUGGGGGGUGGGUCACUCAUCGAUGAGGAUCAGAGGGCACUUCUCGCGUCAGCUUGUAAAAGACGUGUUGACCCACAAGAUUCAUACAUUGAGCUGCAGCUGGCCCUUGAGCUCUCCAUGCUCGGACUCUCUGAAGGAGGAUCUCUGAGUUCGCUCCAUCAACUGGCUGCGUCCAUGGGAAACGAUCACAAUGCGGGUCACAAUGUGCAUAGUUUGAUGCAUCAUCAUCAACAACAGCAACAUCACCACCAACAACAACAGCAUCAUAAUAUGCAUCACAAUCAACUCCAGAAUUCAAAUUCGGAUGACAUAUACUCCAUGGCGAAUGGGUGUGGGGGGGAUAUGCUCCCCAAGAAGAGUCAAAACAUGACUGAGUGUGUUCCUGUCCCGAGUUCGGAACAUGUGGCUGAGAUCGUUGGCCGACAAGGAUGCAAAAUCAAGGCGCUCCGAGCUAAGACCAACACCUACAUAAAAACUCCAGUUCGAGGGGAGGAGCCGGUGUUCGUUGUUACUGGGCGAAAGGAGGAUGUGGCAGCAGCCAAACGUGAAAUUCUGUCUGCUGCGGAUCACUUUUCACAAAUUCGGGCGUCUCGUAAAAGCGGUGCAGGGAGCGGUCCAGCUGCCCCUGCUCCUGUUCCAGGUCAAAUCACACUCCAGGUUGCGGUUCCCUAUCGCGUUGUGGGACUUGUGGUUGGGCCCAAAGGAGCAACUAUUAAACGAAUCCAGCAACAAACUCACACAUACAUUGUGACCCCAUCCAGAGAAAAGGAUCCCGUUUUUGAGGUCACCGGACUUCCAGACAAUGUGCAAGUUGCGAAGCGAGAAAUUGAAGCUCAUAUAGCGAUCAGGACUGGAAGCUUCCCAAUGGAUCAAAACCCAAUGUUGGAUAGCGAUCUCUCUCCGGUGGAUAUUCUUGCCAAUCUGUACAAGAAUGGAAUUGGUUCCCUGGGGAACUUGGGACUGGAAGGAUUAGGACUUGUAAGUCAGUUGGGUGCUAUCAACUCACUCUCCAGCAGCUUGUCCUCCGUUACCGGAAAUGGACAUGGAGUUGGUGCUGCAUUGGCUCAGAACGGAAACUCUGUUGGGUCAAUUGGAAGCUCCAGCAGUGGGGGUGGCAGUCUCUCCUCUCUCAACAGCUUGAAUGGUGGAUUUUCUACCAAGGUAGGCAUCGGAAAUCAUGGACAAUCUGCUGAUAAUGGGUUUUUCGCCCAUCAAGCACUAUCCGACUUGACCUUCUCUCUUAUGGAUAAUUCCUCGUCCACCGUCGUUGCAAAUAAUCAGACGAAUGGAUUUAUGAGCUCAAGUCGCUCUGAGGACUCGUAUUUGUUUGGCGGAAGCGGUCCCAACAGUAUUGAAGAAGGGUCAAACUCUCAGACCAAGAUCACGGAUCACAUGUAUGCUCCAACAAACAACAGCGUGGGAAGUUCUCUGUGGGGAAGUUUCGACAGUGAGUUCCAGCACUCUUCACGAGACGAAGGACUCGGGGACUCGCCCACUCUGGAAACUGCGCUUGCCGCAUCCAAUCUAAUUUCUCUACAAUAGAAUUUCAAUUGAACUUACCUCACUAAAUAGCACUGAAAAAUGUAUUCCCUCUUUUCAGCAGGUUGCGAUCCCCAUUUUUAAAACUUGAGAAUGCAUAUAUUUCUAGAUUUCUUCAUAUUAUUUUGCAUUUACUUAUAUACUGUAAUCCGAUUCCGAUAUCCGAUAUUAUUACGUAAGCAUCUGGAACCAGAGAUUAAGAUUUUACGCUAUGCAUACAAACUCUGAGAGGAUUUAACCAACUAGAUACAUAGGUUUAACUGACUAGCAUAGUAAUCAUAGGAAUAACUCUCUUCGCGUCUAAUUAUUAUGUAUUACAUAUACCCGGUAAACAAAGACUAGGUAUUUAUUCUAUUCUUCGUAAGCAACGGAACAGCACAAGAAAGAUAAAAUGAAUUUCAUGAUUAUUAAUUUUUUAACAUUUGAUGCAUUAUUACAUUUUAAUACCUAACAAAUAUACCUUAAAGGAUAAGGCUAGAUUUUUGAUCAUUAUACAAAUUAUUUUUGAACCUAUUACAAAACAGAACUGACUUCGUACAUAAACUUAGAUAAUGAAAUGACUUUGGGUAUUUCAAAUCAUGAGAGGAGGAUAUAUUUUUCAUUUUUUGGGAAUACGUUGAAUUAAACUGAACAAGAAGUAGCGUAAUAUAUCCCCCACAGCCCCAGGAAUAAAUAAAUGGUAGACCAAAUUAUCUUGUGACAUUUUGCAUUUCCUCCUCCAUUUGAUUGAGACACAGAGGCCCAGUUCUUACUUUUGGGCAGCGAAUUAUAUACACCACAAAGCGAGUGGGCAUAUUAUUACCGAAAUUAUUAUGAACUAUUAAAAUUAUAUUAUAUAUUCAGAGCAGAAAAUUAUUUAUGAUAAUAUUUGUAUUAUGUUUAUAUUCUUAACAGUACCAUUUUUACUUUGAUUGCUUCGACGGAAAGAAGCGAAGAAGCAUUAUUUGCAAUUUUACAACAAGAUAUAUUAUUUGUAUUUCGUAUGAAAUGACUGUCUUAUUUUUAGCUGGACUUUUGUUUAGUUACAUAUAUUAAAACUUGAGCAGAAUUAAUGAACUUUCGGUAUAUAAGUUUUAAUAGUAUUAUUCGUAGAUCGUAAAAAUCGAAAUGGAACAACCACACCACUCAGAGGGGUUAUUUUAAUUAAGAUGAUGAAUUUAUUUUCUUAGCACUAAGUCUAUUUAUGAUUUAUAAUUUUAUUCAAAUGUGAAAUUGAGUACAGUAGAUCCGAGAAUGGGUUAGCGUUUAUUUAAUGAACUAUCUAUUAUGAAUUAUUAAUCAAUUUGUAGCGAUCAGCUCAGAAAUAUUAGAAUUAUACUUUCGACUGAUGUUUAGAUAACCUAUCUACUUUCACCAUUCAACUCAACCUCACCAAUCAGGUGCGUACGAAAAAUAAUUGUAGUUUUAAGCUUUUUGUAGACUUGAGUAAUUUGCGUAACAAUGAUUUCUUACCCUGCAAUAUAUUGCUUCAUUGGUUGUCUUGCGUUUA